AUGGGUUUCCUCAUUUUUGCUGUGGCGCUCGUCGCCGCUCAGGGUGGCUUCAUCUAUGGGUUUGAUUCUGGGAUUAUCGCCACAACCUUUGGCCAUGAUAGUUUCAAACUCAAGAUGUAUGGACCGUCUAUGGUCAACACUAGCUAUCAAGGUGCCAUCGUCUCGGUCUACAACGCUGGCCAGGCCAUCGGCGGAAUGACAGUAGGCUACCUUGCCGACAAGCUGAGCCGAAAGUACACGAUUCUUCUUGCUUCGAUCUUGACUAUUGUUGGGUCCAUACUACAAUGUGCAGCUGUCCAAGUUGGCAUGAUGAUUGCAGGCCGUCUCGUGGCUGGCGUCGGCUGUGGUCAACUCCUCUCUGUUGUUCCCAUCUAUCUUGCCGAAGUUGCACCUCCAGCGCGCCGAGGUUUCCUCGUCGGACUCCAGGGUAUGAUGAUAGCCAUAGGUUUUGGCAUUGCUAAUUGGGUUGGUUACGCGGGCGCGUUUGCAAUGGGAGAUGGUCAAUGGCGGAUCCCACUGGCAAUGCAACUCCCUAUCCCGAUUCUCCUCUCCGUCAUGGUCUUCUACGUACCGUUCUCGCCUCGGUGGCUUAUACUCCGUGAUCGAUACGAAGAAGCUAGGACCGUUUUGGCGAGCUUACACGGGGCUGCAGACAAUGACGAUCUGGUUGGCCGCGAGCUCAUACAAAUCCGUGAGCAGAUUCUACUGGAGCGAUCCCAGGGCAAUAUGGACUGGAUGACAGCCCUACGUGCACUAUUUUCCAGAAAAUAUGUCCGCCGCACACUUACAGCCGCCUUCAUUGUCACCAUGGGACAGCUCAGCGGCUCUUCUGUCAUUCAGAACUUCCAGAACAUUUUCUACGCCACCGUCGGCUUUACUGGCAGAACAGCGCUGCUUAUUAGCGGUGCGUACGGCAUGAUGGGGAUUCUCGGCCAGGUCAUCUACCUCUUCGUCGUCGCAGAUCGCUGGCCACGAACUCGUACUCUAUGGAGCGGCUCUCUGGUACUGAGCGCCAUGAUUGCAUUGUGCAUGGCUCUCAGCGCAGUCUAUGGCAAUAAGGACAAUGACAAUGCAGCCGGAGCGAGGGCCGCCAUAGGCGCCAUCUUUCUCUACUCCAUGUGCUACGCGAUAUUUUUCAAUGCUAUGAUCUGGGUUGUGCCCUCGGAGCUGUUUCCCUUCUUCCUGAGGACCAAGGGUCUGGCGUUUGCGGUCGCUGCCAAGUCUGUUACUGCGAUUGUGCUCUCACAAGUUACACCGCUAGCAAUUGCAUCCGUCAGCUGGAGGUACUACUCGCUCUUCAUCGCAACUAACCUGGCGGCUGCCGUCUUCUACUUCUUCUUCCUGCCAGAGACUUCCGGAAAGUCCUUGGAGGAGAUUGCGGAGCUGUUUGGAGAUGACCUAGCAACUAACCGCCUGGGAGAGCUGGAUGUGGACGCGAAGAAUGGAAUCGGUCCAGAGGCGGAGCUCCAUGAAUUCGCCGAGAGACGAUCUCAAGCUUGA